AUGUCUCUCCACCGCGUCAUCGCCCCUCCUCCGCUCGCUCUCGCAGUCCACCCCGCUCCUUCUCCCAAGACCCGAGAGGAGGUCAAGAAGGAGGACGAGAAGCGACGAGCCGACCGAGAAGCUAAGGCCAAAGUCGAGGCUGACGCCAAGGCGGCCCUCGAGGCUGAGAAGAAGGGUGGCGAUGCAGGGGGGAAAGACAAAGCAGGGGACAAGGCUGACAAGGCUGCUCCUCCUGCUUCUCACGACAAGCCCUCGGAGCCCAUCACCGCCACCAAGACCGACCCCGUCGAAGCAGCCAAGCCUGAGAAACCUCUCGUUCCACUCCGCUUGCUUCCUCCUGUCCCUCAUCGUCCUCUCCGAUCCCGUCUCGACCUGAAUCCCAUCCGCCCUUACCCACCCAUCAACACCGACCCUCGUGGUGCAUACACCAAGUACGCCAAGGCGAUCUCGUCCGAGCUGAUCCAUAUCGACCUGACGCGGGACGGGUGGCUCAAUGAGCAGUGGCGCGAGAGGAACGAGAGGGAGGCGCUCGCGCGACUGACAGGGGAGGCUGAGAACCAGCGGCUGCGCGAGGUGGCCAAGGCGAAGCAAGCGAAUGUGGUGCGGAAGGUGCCGGGGACUGCGGAGGGGUUGAUCUUGGAGUUGUGGAACGACUUGGUCGAGGCCGAAUCGCAAGAGAUGUCGGUCGAGUCCUUCUGGGCGAAAUACGACUGGAGCGAUCCAAAAGCCGAGAGACACCUUCAGCUCAUGCCGGCCGAGGAGAAGGCCAAGGCCAAGGCAGCUCAGAUCAGCCGGCUCGAGAAGGAGGCGAAGGUCGAGGAGGAGGCGAGGCUUGCUGCGAGGGCUAUCAGGGAGAAGGAGAAGGAAGAAGAGAAGCGCAAAAAGGAUGCUGCCGAGGCCGAGCAGGCGGGAGACAAAGAAGGGGCGGACAAGGGUGAGGAGAAGGAGAAGGACAACCAGGCGAAGGUCAAGGUUGACGCCGAGAAGAAGUCAGAGGAGGUCAAGGUACCGGCCGCGCCAGUGACGGUGGCUGUAAAGGAUGAGAAGAAGGGGUUGAAGAAGGAGAAACAGACCGACGAGAAGAAGGAGGAGGUACCUGUGGAGCCGACGUACCAGUACCCGCUCGAGACAGAGUGGACUCGGGAGGGAGUAGAGGAGGUCCUCGCCACCAUCGGCGUCCAGUGCGCUUUCAAUACUGAGAAACCUCUGCCCCGUCACUGGUCUACACCCGAUCGCGGCUACCUACUCCUCUCGCACGGUCACUUCCUUCUCCGCAUCGAAGCCGACAUUGAGUUCAAGCCGGACGGCACCACCGACAAGUUCGAAGCUCUCGUCACCAGCGCCAACGAUCGGGUGUUUGGGAAGAUGGUGCUCGCACAGGCGGCGGCGGAGCGUAAGAAGAAGGAGAAGGAGUAUAGGGAUCGGAAAGAGAGGGAGCAUCGGGAGCGUAAAGACAAGGAGCGCAAAGAAAAGGGUGACAAGGAGGGGAAUGACGCAGCCGAGGAAGCAAAGCAGGCCAAGGACGGGGACGAGAAGAUCAGGGGGAAGGACGGAGGCAAGCCUGACAGAGCUCACGAUACCGCCGCACAUCCCCACCGCGCACACAAGGACAAGGAUGCGGCCGUCCCCGGUACCCAUGGCGCUCAGAUCGUUCAUCAUACAGGCGACAAGGCGGACGUCGCCAUCGUGGCUGUACCGGUCAAGGAGAAGGUGGGGCUCGGUCUGGACGAGAAGCACGAGGAGGAGGCGGAGCUAGUCGGCCCGAAAGUCGAGGAUCUCGUCGCCGCGCAGAAGAAGAAGGAUGCGGAUGCGCAAGCCGACAAGGAGAAGCACGACAAAAAGGCCGACGACGACAAGGCCAAGAAAGCAGCCGCUGCUGCAGCCGAAGCCAAGCGUGCCCAGCGACACAAGGAGGCCGCAUUCGACCCCGUCCGCGACGCCGACCUGAUCGUCAAGAUGCUCGGUCCCGAAGCUGCCAACAUCCCACUCGCGGACCUCAAGGCUGCUUUUGCCGCGAUGGAAGAGGCGGCGGUCGAGCAAAAGGCGCGGGCUCACAUGGAGAAGAAGGAAGGGCCAAUGAUCUGGGUGUGGCAUGAGAAGUGCGAGCGGUGGAGGUGGCGCAACUUUGCGGCGGGGUGCGCAGUGAUUGAGCCGGGAGGAUGGGAGGAGCGGGAUUGGAAGGUGUUUGCGGAUGACAGAGGAAUGGAGGUGCACCACAGCGAGAUGGAGUGGGCGGAGGUGAUCGAGGCGGACAUCCAUGAUUGGUCGUGCUAG